AUGUCUGCUGCCACGCGGUCCCCUGCGCGCACCUCCACCACGUCCCCCGGCACCAGCUCCCGCGCUGGCACCGUCACAAACGGUGCUGGCACUGUUAUGACUGGCGCUGUUGCUGUUGCCGCUGCUGCUGGGGCUGAUGGGGUUACCACCUGUGCCGCUGGUGGGGUUACGAGCUGGCUGGCUGGACUGUCAUCGCGUGUCUCUCUCGCACUUCCCUCAUCCGCCACACGAGCUCCGCCCAUGCCCACCCCGGGCGCAGCAGCCCGCCUCACACGCGCCCCACUGCCCUCACCUGCAGCCACUGCCCUCACCUGCAGCCACUGCCCUCACCUGCAGCCACUGCCCUCACCUGCAGCCACUGCCCUCACCUGCAGCCACUGCCCUCACCUGCAGCCCUGCAGCCACUGCCCUCACCUGCAGCCACUGCCCUCACCUGCAGCCACUGCCCUCACCUGCAGCCACUGCCCUCACCUGCAGCCACUGCCCUCACCUGCAGCCACUGCCCUCACCUGCAGCCACUGCCCUCACCUGCAGCCACUGCCCUCACCUGCAGCCACUGCCCUCACCUGCAGCCACUGCCCUCACCUGCAGCCACUGCCCUCACCUGCAGCCACUGCCCUCACCUGCAGCCACUGCCCUCACCUGCAGCCACUGCCCUCACCUGCAGCCACUGCCCUCACCUGCAGCCACUGCCCUCACCUGCAGCCACUGCCCUCACCUGCAGCCACUGCCCUCACCUGCAGCCACUGCCCUCACCUGCAGCCACUGCCCUCACCUGCAGCCACUGCCCUCACCUGCAGCCACUGCCCUCACCUGCAGCCACUGCCCUCACCUGCAGCCACUGCCCUCACCUGCAGCCACUGCCCUCACCUGCAGCCACUGCCCUCACCUGCAGCCACUGCCCUCACCUGCAGCCACUGCCCUCACCUGCAGCCACUGCCCUCACCUGCAGCCACUGCCCUCACCUGCAGCCACUGCCCUCACCUGCAGCCACUGCCCUCACCUGCAGCCACUGCCCUCACCUGCAGCCACUGCCCUCACCUGCAGCCACUGCCCUCACCUGCAGCCACUGCCCUCACCUGCAGCCACUGCCCUCACCUGCAGCCACUGCCCUCACCUGCAGCCACUGCCCUCACCUGCAGCCACUGCCCUCACCUGCAGCCACUGCCCUCACCUGCAGCCACUGCCCUCACCUGCAGCCACUGCCCUCACCUGCAGCCACUGCCCUCACCUGCAGCCACUGCCCUCACCUGCAGCCACUGCCCUCACCUGCAGCCACUGCCCUCACCUGCAGCCACUGCCCUCACCUGCAGCCACUGCCCUCACCUGCAGCCACUGCCCUCACCUGCAGCCACUGCCCUCACCUGCAGCCACUGCCCUCACCUGCAGCCACUGCCCUCACCUGCAGCCACUGCCCUCACCUGCAGCCACUGCCCUCACCUGCAGCCACUGCCCUCACCUGCAGCCACUGCCCUCACCUGCAGCCACUGCCCUCACCUGCAGCCACUGCCCUCACCUGCAGCCACUGCCCUCACCUGCAGCCACUGCCCUCACCUGCAGCCACUGCCCUCACCUGCAGCCACUGCCCUCACCUGCAGCCACUGCCCUCACCUGCAGCCACUGCCCUCACCUGCAGCCACUGCCCUCACCUGCAGCCACUGCCCUCACCUGCAGCCACUGCCCUCACCUGCAGCCACUGCCCUCACCUGCAGCCACUGCCCUCACCUGCAGCCACUGCCCUCACCUGCAGCCACUGCCCUCACCUGCAGCCACUGCCCUCACCUGCAGCCACUGCCCUCACCUGCAGCCACUGCCCUCACCUGCAGCCACUGCCCUCACCUGCAGCCACUGCCCUCACCUGCAGCCACUGCCCUCACCUGCAGCCACUGCCCUCACCUGCAGCCACUGCCCUCACCUGCAGCCACUGCCCUCACCUGCAGCCACUGCCCUCACCUGCAGCCACUGCCCUCACCUGCAGCCACUGCCCUCACCUGCAGCCACUGCCCUCACCUGCAGCCACUGCCCUCACCUGCAGCCACUGCCCUCACCUGCAGCCACUGCCCUCACCUGCAGCCACUGCCCUCACCUGCAGCCACUGCCCUCACCUGCAGCCACUGCCCUCACCUGCAGCCACUGCCCUCACCUGCAGCCACUGCCCUCACCUGCAGCCACUGCCCUCACCUGCAGCCACUGCCCUCACCUGCAGCGACAUAUCACACCUGCAGCGACAUAUCUCACCUGCAGCGACUGCCAUAUCUCACCUGCAGCGACUGCUCCGCCUGCACCUGCUGCCACACGCCGAUGAGCGCGUUCAGCACCACGAUCGCCACGAUCACCACCGGCUCCGUGUACCCCGCCAGCCCCCCGCCCCCCCCUCCGCCUUCCGCUCCUCCUCCCGCGCCCCCUACCCCGCCCUGCUCCGCCACGGCCAGCGCGAGCGACACCACAGCGGCGGCGACUAGGAUUCUAACUAGUGUGUCGUUGAGCUGGUCUAACACUAGGUCCCAGAACGGCGUGCCUGCUGGUCGGUCUAGCUCGUUCCACCCGUGUGCUGCGCGCCGCCGCGCCACGUCGGAUUCCGACAGGCCCGUGUCGAGGUUGACUGCGUAG